AUGGAGCAGCCGGAUGGUACUAGCUUGGGCUGGCAGGGCGGGCAAGGGCUGCUGGCGGGGGGAGAGGGCGAUGGCAUGGGGGAGAAGGCGGAGGGAAAAAAGGCGGAGGGGGAGAAGGCGGAGGGGGGGAAGAAGAAAGAGGAGGAGAAAGAUGAGGAGAAAGAGGAGGAGAAAGAGGAGGAGAAAGAGGAGGAGAAAGAGGAGGAAAAAGAGGAGGAAAAAAGGGACAACAGGGCGGUGCAGGAGAAGUAUGAUGCCAAGGAGGAGAGGAAGUACAGGCAAGUGGCAAGGCGGGGCAAGUGGCAAGGCGGGGCAAGUGGCAAGGCAGGGCAAGUGGCAAGGCGGGGCAAGUGGCAAGGCAGGGCAAGUGGCAAGGCAGGGCAAGUGGCAAGGCGGGGCAAGUGGCAAGGCAGGGCAAGUGGCAAGGCAGGGCAAGUGGCAAGGCGGGGCAAGUGGCAAGGCGGGGCAAGUGGCAAGGCGGGUCCUUCUCCCUCGUCUUUCUCCACUCUCCUUCCCACAGCUGCUCGCAGCGGCCUUUGGGAUGAGUUCUUCCCCCAGCUGCUAGCAGCAGCGCCCAUAGGCGCGGGGCAGCUGCUGCUGCGCCUGCCCCUGCCGCUUCUGCUCAACGCAUCGCGCUGCUCCGCGCCCUCCCCCCGCCUCCCCCUUCCCCCGCGCCUCCCCGUCUCCCCCGAAGGCGCCCUUGCUGCCUGCGUGCUGCUGCUGCAGCAGCAGGAAGAGGGGGGCGAGCCGGGGGAAAGGGAGGGGGAAGGUGAGGGUGCAGGGGAGAGCUGGGGAGCGCAAGUGACUCCUGCUGUGCUGCCAGCGCUGCUGGCGUCCCGCACGGCCCACCUGCUGCCCAUGCUCAGAAACGACCUCCCCCACCUGCCCCUCCUCCACCAGGCCGUGAAAGAAAGGCAGCAGUACGAGCGGGAGUAUGCCAACUGGACCGCACGUAUUAGCAGCAGCGCUGGCACUAGCAGCAGAAGCAGCAGCGGCACCCCCUCGCUCCAGCAGUUUCUGGCGAUGGUGGCGGCCGUGAGGUCUCUGGCUCUGCCCAUGCGCCUGCCGCCCCUGCAUUACGGGAGAAGGGGAGGGAAGAGGCAGAAGAAGCAGAAGCAGCGGCGGUUUGAGCUGACGGUGGUGCCCCUCGUGAAUGCUGUUGCGCGCGCGAGUGAGAGGAGCCAAGGGAACGUGCGAUGGGAGGCUGGCAACGUGCUGUGGGAGGUGAGAGGCUGGCAACGUGCUGUGGGAGGUGAGAGGCUGGCAACGUGCUAUGGGAGUAAGCCUACUUUCCCCCAAACUCUCUUUGACCCAUCCUGCUCGUCCUUCCCCUGGCAGCUGACCCACGCGGGGUUCCACCUGAGGGCGUCAGAAGCCAUUCCCACCGGGGCUGCCCUCGUGCUGCCUGUCAACGGCGGCCUGCCCGACCCGCUGCAAGCAGCAGCACAUGCAGGGGCGCAGGGGACAGCAGCAGAGUGGGACAGGGAGGAGGAGGAGGACGGUGAAGGGGAAAGGCGGGUGCGCCUGGCAUCACUGGAGGAGGUGGGGGAGGCAGACAGCGGAGUGCCGCGGACAUCACUGGAAGGGCUGAUGGAGGCAGACAGCCACGUGUCGCCGGCCACGCUGCUAUCUAACGACGAUGCCUUCCUCUCCCUCGGGAUCAUCCCCGCCUGCUCCGCCUUCGACCGCGUGCAGGUCCGUUCUCAAAUGGUGCAGGUCGGUAGUGAGCGGUGCAAGUGGGUUUUGAGCGGUGCAGGUGAUUCCGUCAUUCGUAGCAUCUCAACACCCGCCUUCCCAGAUCCUUCCUUCCGUGCGCGCUUUGAAGCGCGGGCGGCAGCAGCAGGCAGGAAGGCAGUGGAGCAAGUGCGGGCAGUGAAAGACCAUCUCUUCUCUGCCGCCCUGAAAAAAGGCCUUAUCACCACCACCCGCACAAGUGCCGACACCCGUUGGGGUUGGGGCCUUCCCAACAGGUUGCAGCAAAAGGGAAAAGCCUCCCAAGGGCCUUCUCAGAGGGACAUGGGGAAGGGUGUGGCAGAGGGUGGUGUGGCAGAGGGUGGUGUGGCAGAGGGUGGUGUGGCAGAGGGUGGUGUGGCAGAGGGUGGAGGGGACGGGACUGGGGAACUCAAAGCAGAGGCUUCUGAAGCUUUGGGGAACAGCAGGGAAGAGAGCUUUGGGGAUGGGGAGUGGGAUUUGGAAGGGAUGGGGCGCGUGCUGCAGCAGAUGCUGUUCUGGGAGCGACGGCAGGGCAUGCGCGCGAGAUUGGCUGAGAGACUGGCGAAGAGAGUGAGAAUGGCAGCGGAGAGAGAAGGGAGGGAGGGGGGAGAGGGGGAAGAGGGUGGCGAUGGGGAAGAGGGGGGAGAAGCGGGAGAGGCAGGAGAGGCGGGAUGGGGGAGUGAGACAGGUGGUGGGAGAGGCAGUGGGGGGAAGGAUGAGGGAAGGAUGAAGGAGGGGGAGGAGGGAGAGGGCGAAGGGGGGGGGGAGCGGCUGUAUGUGACUCGAUGCGGCACUGCUGGCGCAGAACUCGACGCGGCGCUGCUGGCAAGAAUAAGCGUGGCAGUGGCGUGGAAUCUGGACGGCACCACCACCUUCACAUAUUCACCCCGCCCCUCCCCUCCCCACUACCUUCCCCCACUACCUUCCCCCACUACCUUCCCCCACUCUCCCCACCCAGAAAUCGAUGCGGCGCUGCUGGCGAGGGUGAGCGUGGCAGUGGCGUGGAAUCUGGACGGCACCACCACCUGCACGCACAUGCAUCUGCUCUCCCUCCCCUCGCACCCGCUCUACCUCCCCCUCUCCUACUCCCCCUCCUCUUUCCUGACAAGCCUUCCGGAGAUUCUAGACGUGGUGGUCAGCAGCUUGCAGCGGCCAGUGGGGGAGCUUUUAACGAGGAUAGAGCAGGCGUUGGGAGGGGCGAAAGCAUGGGUGGAAAAGGGGAUAGUUUGCCGGGAAGGGAGAGCAGCGGGGAUUGAAUCGGUUCAAGUGGACGAGGCUUGCCGGCCGUCUGUGCUUGCCCACGUGGCGCCCUCCCAUUCGCUGCUGCGAUUCCUCGCCAGCAAGCGCAGCAUCCUACUGGCUGCCUCCGAUCGCCUCGCCUCCGCCUGCAAGCCCCAAUCAGCAACCGCCACGUCAGCAGCAGCAGCAGCUGAACGAGAUGCAACAACAGUUUCGUCCCAAGGGGGAGAAGAGCACGAGGAGGGGAGGGAAGAGACAGAGAGGGAAGGAGAGAGGGAGGAGGGAAAGGAGGGAGAGCAGGGAGGGAAGGAGGGUAACGUGCAAGAAAGAAAAGGGUCUGGUACACAGGCCAGGGUGAUUGGAAAGGACAGACAGAUGGGGUUUGGCAGGGGCGGCAGUGAGCUGACGGGGAGGGCAGGCGUGUGGAGUGAGGUGGCGGGGAAGAGGAUGGGUGAGAUGGGGGAGGAGGAGCGGGUGAGGGUGUUUGUGGAGUGGGUGCGGGCGAAUGGCAUGGCGGACUACAACAAGCCUGGGUCAGGGAUUGAGCCAUAUGCCAUUGUCUUUCGUUGCAUCACCACCACCAUCCCGUGCUGUGUGUGA